GUCGGCGUGUUUAUCCGCUUUGCCUUGACACGGGUGUGACGCGCCAUCCCGACGGCCGAUCGCUAACUAACGUUAUCCCAGUCGACGGUGCCGCUGUGUAGCAGUUUAACCCGUGUUGUUUUUUUUAUUUUAACAUUGUAAACAUCAUAUAUUUCUCUAUAUUUCAACAUGUCGCACACCGUCAUCACCACGACGACAACAACCAGGACGUCCGCGGACGGCGUCCUGAACACGGGCUACACCCGCACCAUCCCGGGACUGCUGAAGAUCGGGCAGAUGCUGGCGCUGCUCGUGGCCUUCCUGUGCGUGCACUGCGUAUUCGGCUGGCCCAACUGGGCGGCCAUGCAGUUCUUCGAGGUGGUGGUGCUGUGGUUCCUCAUCGCCUUCCUCAUCUUCUUCCUCAUGCACCUGUUCAGGCUGCAGGCCAGGAUGCCCUGCAUCAACUGGCCGCUGACGGUGUUUGGGUUCAUAGCAACGUUCCUGAUGGCUGUCAGUUUGUGGACGUCUUACAGCGUGACCUGCGGCUCUCAUCAGACCGGUGCAGCAGUUUAAUCAACGCCAGACGGUUGCGUUGGCAGUUUGUUGAGUCCUGCUGCUGUCAAGUUUUCUGCCUAGCAACCGCCUAGCAACCUCCUGGAUACUCAACCCUGAUUGGAUAAUAAUUUAAACUCCCGACGUAAUGGAACAUGUGCUCCAGGACCAGCCGCCAUUUUCAACAGUCUGAAACGUAAAUAUCAUCCCGGUAAAGGACAGUAGUUACUCAGAUUACUUUUCCCUCCGUAGAUUUCUACACGUUAAAGGUGCUCAGUAACAUUUCAGUAGAAUCAGCGAAAGACAUCGCUGUGGAAAUAAUCCAAAAUCUCAACAGCUUUCUGUCCUGCCUUUCCCUCUUUGAAAAGGUAGACAUCUUAUUUUUUUACUUCCCCUGUCACUACCCGAUGUCGAGUGCAGACGCGAGUUGCGCAUGCGUCACUUUGCGACAAGUAGCCUAUGGUUUUGAGCUAACGUUAGCAAUCAAACAAUCAUAGAUAGCUAAAACUAGUGCCCUAUAUUUAGGGCACUAGUUAAAACGUUAGCUAAGAUGCUAACGGUGUUUUGAGCUAACGUUGGCAAUCAAGUAGUCUCUUAGAUGCUAACGGCAUUUUGAGCUAACGUUAGCAAUCAAGUAGCCUACUAGAUGCUAACGGUGUUUUGAGCUAACAUUAGCAAUCUA